AAAUAUUUGUGGGUGGUGCGGACUACUGUGGACACUACUGUGGACAUUCUUAAGAACACGAGAAUCAACAAAUCAAACUAGUGAUUGCUUGAAUUGAAUUUCGUGAUAGAUUGGACGCCGUCAACUCCAGUCGCGGGAAAGUAUGGAUUACGAGACGGUCAAGAAGUUCAUCGAGAAAACAGGCGGACCGUACGAAUUCACAGUGGAUUCGAUGCCGGAGAGAUUCAUAGAGCCAAUGGUGAUGCAGGGCAUGAAAAUCGAUCACAUCGAACGCGGCCGCAUCGUUUGCUCUUUCACCGUUCCUCCUCGCCUCGUGAACUCCGGUAAUACCUUACACGGUGGAGCCACGGCGGCGCUGGUGGACAUCGUUGGAUCGGCUGUUAUUUAUACGGUGGGGGCUCAGGCCACCAGUGUGUCCGUCGAAAUUAAUGUUUCCUAUUUGAACGGCGCUAGUAUUGGGGAGGAAGUUGAGAUCGAAAGCAAGGCAUUGCGUGUGGGAAAGGCGCUCGCUGUUGUCAGUGUCGAUUUGAGAAGUAAGAAGACUGGAAAACUUAUAGCUCAGGGGCGCCACACAAAGUAUCUGGUUCUCCCUAGUAAAAUUUGAAAAUUUUAUUGAUGCUACUUAGCUCCUUAUUAGUAAUUUGUUUCAAACAUACAAAACAAGCGUCAACUAUUUGAAUGCCCAUAUUGUAUAUAUUAUCAAGAAAUCAAGAUUUGUGCAAGGCCAUAUUAUGACAUUGAUCAUGCUUAGAUUUUGUACUUGA